CGUUGAGUAAUCUUGUUCUUCCCCCGUCCCUGAAGGCCUGAUAGAAGGGAGCGAGGUUCCCAAAAGAGAGCUUAAAGAGAGGAGGAGAGGAGUAAAGGGCAUCCUUCCCUCUCCUUCUCCGAACUGCCUUCUUCGGCAGUCACGUUGGAGCUCUCUUUCUCGCUCUAUUCAUCCUAGAAAAUCACAAAACAAAAAAAAAAAAAAUGGCAGGCAUCUCGUUGGAGCAGAUCAAGAACGAGACCGUUGAUCUCGAGAACAUUCCGGUCGAGGAAGUCUUCGAGCAGCUGAAAUGCAGCAGGGAGGGGCUCACCUCCGCCGAGGGAGAGCAGCGUCUCCAAAUCUUUGGCCCCAACAAGCUCGAAGAGAAGAAGGAGUGCAAGCUGCUCAAAUUCUUGGGGUUCAUGUGGAACCCGCUCUCUUGGGUCAUGGAGAUUGCCGCCAUCAUGGCCAUCGUCUUGGCCAACGGCGGAGGUAAGCCCCCAGACUGGCAAGACUUCGUCGGUAUCGUCGUCCUUCUGAUCAUCAACUCCACCAUCAGUUUCAUCGAGGAGAACAACGCCGGGAACGCCGCUGCGGCCCUCAUGGCUGGCCUCGCCCCCAAGACCAAGGUGUUGAGGGAUGGCAAGUGGUCGGAGCAGGAGGCUGCGAUCCUCGUCCCGGGUGAUAUCAUCAGCAUCAAGCUUGGCGACAUCAUCCCAGCCGAUGCCCGGCUCUUGGAGGGCGAUCCGCUCAAGAUCGACCAGUCUGCGCUCACGGGCGAGUCUCUCCCUGCGACCAAGAACCCAGGCGACGAGGUCUUCUCGGGCUCCACCUGCAAGCAGGGUGAGAUCGAGGCCAUCGUCAUCGCCACCGGCGUCCACACCUUCUUCGGGAAGGCUGCUCACCUUGUCGACAGCACCAACAACGUCGGUCACUUCCAGAAGGUGCUCACUGCCAUCGGCAACUUCUGCAUCUGCUCGAUCGCGGUCGGCAUGCUCAUCGAGAUCAUCGUCAUGUACCCGAUCCAGCACCGCAACUACAGGGACGGCAUCGACAACCUCCUCGUGCUCCUCAUCGGUGGUAUCCCCAUUGCCAUGCCCACGGUGCUGUCGGUCACCAUGGCCAUCGGCUCCCACCGGCUCUCGGAGCAAGGUGCCAUCACCAAGAGGAUGACUGCCAUCGAGGAAAUGGCCGGCAUGGACGUGCUGUGCAGCGACAAGACCGGAACCCUCACCCUCAACAAGCUCACCGUCGAUAAGAACUUGAUCGAGUUGUUCGCCAAGGACACGGACAAGGACACGGUCCUCCUGUAUGCCGCCAGGGCUUCCAGGGUCGAGAACCAGGACGCCAUUGAUGCUUCCAUUGUGGGAAUGCUGGCUGACCCCAAGGAGGCUCGAGCUGGAAUCCAGGAGGUCCACUUCCUGCCCUUCAAUCCUGUCGACAAGCGCACUGCGAUCACCUACAUCGACUCCAACGGCAAGUGGCACAGAGCAAGCAAGGGUGCCCCUGAGCAGAUCGUUGAUCUCUGCAACCUGAAAGAGGAUGCGGAGAAGAAGGUCCACGAGAUGAUCGACAAGUUCGCCGACCGCGGCCUGCGGUCCCUUGCUGUUGCUUGUCAGGAGGUACCUGAGGCUAACAAGGAGAGCGCUGGUGGCCCGUGGCAAUUCAUGGGUCUUCUGCCCCUCUUCGACCCCCCGAGGCAUGACAGCGCGGAGACCAUCCGCCGUGCCCUCAUCCUCGGCGUCAACGUCAAGAUGAUAACCGGCGACCAGCUCGCCAUUGCCAAGGAAACUGGACGCAGGCUCGGCAUGGGCACCAACAUGUACCCCUCGUCCACCCUUCUCGGAGAUAAGAACACUGAAAUCACGGGCCUCCCCAUCGAUGAGCUCAUUGAGAAGGCUGAUGGUUUCGCUGGGGUCUUCCCUGAGCACAAGUACGAGAUUGUGAAGAGGCUGCAGGAGAGGAAGCACAUCUGCGGCAUGACCGGAGAUGGCGUGAAUGACGCCCCUGCGCUGAAGAAGGCGGACAUUGGCAUUGCCGUGGCUGAUGCGACCGACGCAGCCCGCGGCGCGUCGGAUAUCGUGCUGACGGAGCCCGGUUUGAGUGUGAUCGUGAGCGCCGUUCUGACAAGCCGUGCCAUCUUCCAGCGCAUGAAGAACUACACAAUCUACGCCGUGUCCAUCACCAUCCGUAUUGUGCUCGGCUUCAUGCUCAUCGCCCUCAUCUGGCGCUUCGACUUCUCGCCCUUCAUGGUCCUCAUCAUCGCCAUUCUCAAUGACGGCACCAUCAUGACCAUCUCCAAGGACCGCGUCAGGCCUUCCCCCGUCCCCGACUCAUGGAAGCUAAGGGAGAUCUUUGCCACCGGAGUAGUCCUCGGUGCCUACAUGGCGGUCAUGACCGUCGUCUUCUUCUGGAUUGCCCACGAUACCGACAUUGUCACCGUGGGUGCCACUUCUGCUAAUUUCUUCAAACUGCUGGCCGGCCGGACUCUGAUUAUGACCGAUCUGUUUUGUUUUCCAACGAUGCAGGAGAAGUUCGGAUUGAAGUCGAUCAGCGGCAACACAGAUGAGCUCACUGCAGCUCUGUACCUUCAAGUUAGUAUUAUUAGCCAAGCUCUCAUCUUCGUCACCCGGUCCAGGAGCUGGUCCUUCAUCGAGCGCCCUGGUCUCUUGCUAGUCACAGCCUUUAUCGCUGCGCAGCUGGUGGCUACAGUCAUCGCUGUGUACGCAUCAUGGGGCUUUGCUAGGAUCGAGGGCAUCGGAUGGGGAUGGGCUGCAUUCAUCUGGGUAUACAGUGUCAUCACCUACAUCCCUCUCGACAUCCUCAAGUUCAUCACCCGCUAUGCUUUGAGUGGCAAGGCCUGGGACAACCUUCUCCAGAACAAAACGGCCUUCACCUCAAAAAAGGAUUACGGUAGGGGCGAGAGGGAGGCACAAUGGGUCAUGGCUCAGCGCACCCUGCAUGGCCUCCAGCCCCCGGACACCUCGGGUCUCUUCAACGACAAGAACGGCUACACAGAACUGUCUGAAAUCGCAGAGCAGGCCAAGAGGCGCGCGGAGGUCGCCAGGCUGAGGGAGCUGCACACGCUCAAGGGGCAUGUGGAGUCUGUCGUGAAGCUUAAGGGACUGGACAUCGAGACGAUCCAGCAACACUACACGGUUUAAUGGAGGAAAGAGGCAAUGUAUUAAUUGAGGGGCUUGUGGAUGGAGGGAUGAUGCUUUUAUUGCAUUGUUUUUUGCUUUUUCUCUUCAUCACUUCCGGUAGGAGGGGAAGGUGUUGGGGAGAAUAUUGUAGUAAACAAGGGGUUUGAUUACUUCAAUGGACAUAGACUCAGCUUUAGACAUUCAACAGAAGGCAAUCAGAAAAACUAAGCGAGACUGGCUGGGGCUAUCCUACUAUGAUUUUAUAUAUUGAUAUGUUAUUAUGAUACGCCUUGCUUGUCCCGCA